AUGUCCGGUCUUAUGCCUUCCGACGAUGAAGAUGAAUACGGAAACAUCAUUCGCCGUGCCCCUGUCAAGUAUUCUCCACGUCUGAUGAAUCGCUCUCCUUCUUCCGAGCCUCAGCCAGCAAAGGACUAUGCCUCUUGCUCUAAAUAUUUUCAGCCAGAGAGCGAGGAGCGGGAGCGUUUAGAAGAGAUUGAAGAUACCAAGCGAGCAGUCAAGGAGAGAGCUGAGGAGGACGAGGCCAAUCGCAUCGCUCAGACUGAGUUGGGCUGUCAAGUCGAGGAGAAGAAGGCAGUCAAUCUCCAGCUUCAGGCCGACUCCGAUCACAGAGCUGUUACAAAUCGUGUUACCAAAGUGCUCCGCAAGACAUCCAUUUUCGAGCCAAAGUAUGAGGCUGAGAAUGGUGAAGGAAGUAGUAAAGGAAGUGGCAAAGGAAUUGGUCGUGGAAAUGCGAAAAAGUGA